GCCCGGAAGGGGCGGGGCUUGCUGCCUGGAGGUCUGAGCGGAAGAAGAAGCGGGUCCGUCUUUCCGUUCUUCCGCCGCCGCCGAGAUGUCCGGCGUGGUCCGGCAAGACUGCUACUUGCAGGGCCUGGCCAGGAAGAUCUGCGCCCGGGACACCACGGCCGGAGGCAGGAGGGGAGGGGCCGGCCCCCCUGCGAAGAAGAGGAGGAAGAAGAGGAGGGCCGAGAAGGCGGAAGGAAAGAGAGUCUCCCCUUCGGCCGGGAAAGGGGCUUCUGCUGGGAAAAGGCAGCCAGCCGUGAAGAAGGACAGAGCGGCUCCCAUGGAGGGGAAGGAGAACGGCCUGCCGGGGCCCCAGGAAGCACCCGGCUCCUUUUCCGCGAUGGGGCUCUUGCGGCAGCGGCUGCGAGACAAGAUCCAAGAGGCUUCCGGACAGGGCGGCUCCACCGAACUGUCGCCGGCCGUGCUGGAGAAGAGGCAGCGCAGGAAGUACGAGCGGGAGCGGAAGAAGCGCCGGAGGAAGGAGCUGAGGGCGAAGGCCAAAGCGGCGGAGGGAGCGGCAGAGAAGGAAGCAGAGGCCACGGAGGGCGCUUUGGGCCAGGACGGGGAGCGCGCUGCAGCAGCAACAACAGCAGCGGCAACCACCGCAGGGCCCAUCGUCUUCAACAAGGUGACGGUGUGCGAGGAGGGGGAGCGGCGGGAGAGGCGCAAGGCAGGGAAGGGCGGCCUGACGCCUCUGACCGGGAAGAACUACCGGCAGCUGCUGCAGCGCCUGGAAGCGCGCCAGAGCCGGGUGGAGGCGCUGAAGGAGGCGGGCGACGGGAAGGCCCAGGCGCUGGAGGCCCGCAUGCGCUGGAGCAGCGCCCUCCACCGGGCGCAGGGGAUGCACGUCCGGGACGACGCGGAGCGGCUGCAGGCGGCGCUGAAGGCCAAGCGCAAGCGGGAGGCGCAGCGGCAGCGCAAGUGGGGCCGGCGCACCGAGCAGGUGGCCCAGCGCAUGCAGCAGCGGCAGGACAAGCGGCGCAGGAACCUCCAGCGCAGGAAGCAGGGCAAGGCCGAGCAGAGGAAGGCCAGGGCGCGCAAGAAGGGCCGGGUCCUGCCGGGGGACCUGGAGAAGGCAGCGGGGGCAAGGGGGCUCGGGUGACGCCCCUCGCCAGGCCUCUUCCGUGGCCCUCCCUCGGGGUCUUUGGACUCCAACUCCCACCAUUCCUAACAGCCGGUAGGGCUGAAGGUGGCCCAGGCCUGAUCUGGAGGAACAAAGGUACAGGAGAUGCCAAAAAACCGGGAAAGAGGGGGAAGAAACUAGGCUUUCAAUUAAAAACCCAAAUGUGUGUAUGAUACAAUAAUUUUGGAUUACAUUGCA